CACCUAGUGUUGUGUAACAAUUGGGGCGGGUAAUGGGAAGCGGAAGCUAUUUAUUUUUAUCUUUUCCUACCGUUUCGAGAAUGUGAAAAUUAAAUGUCAUGUUGGCUGAUUAAAAAUAAAACUCGAGUUAAGAUAAACAUUGAAUUUGCUAAGGAUUGCAGUUCUGCUACAUCCUAAUCUGAAAAGGAAACCUGAUGUGUCUACGCGCGUUUAAGCGCCCUCAGAAGUGACAUCAAAUAGUCGACGAGAAAAACUGGUUGUCUGUGGUGGUGUUCAACCUUGCCUCAGUAAAGGGGAGUGAAUGUUUUAAAACAUCAGAAUUGUGUGGAUGAAGCUGGUGGCAACAGCACAGAAUGCACUAUUGGAGAUGAUGCGCUGUGAAUAGUAGUGGCUUCCAGUGUCCAGAACAUGAAUUUCAUAUAAUUUCUCCUUAGUGGGCCAAAUUCUUCUCUAUUUCUAAAAUCUAUCACGGGCCACAUCAAAGCAGUCAGAGGGCCGCAGAUGGCCCGCGGGCCGGACUUUGGACACCCCGGUCUUAGGGGGAUUCAAAACAACAGAAGUAAGCCAAGCAUCAUGGUUUUCGUAAUUUUUGGUACACCUUAUACAGUUGCCUAUAAAAACUUGUUUUCUUCUGUGUGUGUGUGUGUGUGUGUGUGUGUGUGUGUGUGUGUGUGAAUGCCAGCCUUUCUUUCUACCAUUUUUUUUUCUGUCAUUUCUUUGACUUGAGUAAUGCACUGUUGAAAGAUGAUGGUUAGACAAGCAAGCAAACUGGUUGGCAGUGUUGUACUUUUCAAAGUUCUUGUGAUGUUUUUUAAACUACCACAACAUGUCGAACCUAAUCAGUAGGAGUUUAAUCUCCACAGUGAUCAACAAUAUGUUGUAUGUUAAAUGUAUCUUACAUUUACUCUUCUCUCUCUUUUUUAGAUGACAAUAUCCGAAUUGUGGGCCAGCAGCUGGAACAAGGCAGGCCAUACCUAAUAAGGUUUAUGUCAUUGUAUUAUGCUGAAAGGCCAUAAUUUACCACAGAAUUGGUGGUCAUUGAAUUUGACGAUCACCAACUUUCAACGAUAGAUUUUUAAUCCUUUGUCAUGCUUUUAUCCCUUUUAUUGGAGUUGAUUGAGUGGCCAAUUAUUAAAUAAUUAAUUAUUAUUAUUAUUAUUAUUUUAGACUUUUCAGCACAUAUUUAUUGCAUAAAGCAACUUUUUUAUCUCUUAAUCACAUUUAGGUUGUACAUACCCAAACCAUUUAAAUUUUUAUGUCAAAAUCUGAAUUUUGUUUUGUCAAGAUGGCAUACUCAAUGGAUUGUAUUCAAGAGUUAAUUGGAGGAGAUGUCUUCAUCUGCACAGAGUGUGGCGAAGGUUUUAGGCAGUACCCAAAACUAGUUGAACACAUGGCCAUUCAUGGACUUGCUGGCUUGUUUUUCCCUGAUGUUUUGAACAGUAGUAAUGACAGUAGUAUCAACACAUCCAUUGAGUUUGCUCUCCAUGAAAAUGGAACACUCACUGUUGUUGAUCGAUCUGUGUUGUCUAAAUUUUCUUUCUUAUUUGGAAAACCUGCAUCCAAGUCAUCAUGGUGCCAAACCCCUAAUCAAGGUGCCUUGACUUCAUCUAAAAUGGCAGAGAAGGAGUGUAAUCAGUUUAAAUGUGAAAGAUGUGGACAAGUGUUCAAAAACCAAAAAAGCUUGCACCUGCAUCAGCAAUACCGUGCCCUAGAGCAGGGGUUCAAGUGCACCCUUUGCUGCAAGGUGUUUAAUGACCGGGAGAGUCUGCAGAGCCACCUUCAAAACCAUGCUCAUGAACGGUUUUAUAGUUGUGGACACUGUGGAAAACGAUUUUUAAGAAAGGAGACCUUGUUGUCACACCAAAAACAAGGGCAUGGAUCUCUUGGUCCCAAAGCUUUGAUAGAGGAAGAACAAGAAAAUAGAAUGGAUAGGUCUUAUCCUUGCAAAAUCUGCGGUUUAUGUUUCUUUUGGUUAUCUGACUUGCAGAGCCAUCUAAACAGUCAUUCUCGUGUCAGCAAGUCCCCCAGUGAUCCCACACGAGAACUGAAAAUACUAGAGGAGAAAGAAAGUAAGAUGAAUGGUAGUGAUUCACUUGAUCUGCCAUAUCGUUGUGGCUUGUGUGGGGUGGAUUUCAACCAAAUGUCAGAAUUAAAAGACCAUCAUGCAUCUCAGCAUCCAGAUAAGGAUGAAGUUCAGGACUCUUCAGAUUCACUAGCUAAAAUUAAAAGGCAGUCCUUUGGCCACUCUGGUAUAAUACGUCAAAUGGUUUCAAAAAGCCAAGUGAGACAAUUUGAUCCACUAAGGUCAAGGAUGAGAGGUAGACCUAGAGGAGCUAACAGGUUACAUUUUGCUGGUAAACUGUACUCCUGCAAACUGUGCCAUUGUGCAUUUGUGCACUCAAGCAGUCUCUCUCGUCAUAUGCGUUACCAUAAGGGUACUCUGCAUGCUUGUGUUUAUUGUGGGAAACGCUUUCCUCAAAGAUGUGAUCUCACAAGGCAUGUCGCCAUACACCACAGUUCAGCGCUACUACCAAAAGCUUGUGGGGUAUCAAAGACAGAAAGCAGGGAUGAAAGCAGUAAACAGGAACUUGUGAAAGCAUCAACACCAACUAAAGGUGACAAGGAUAAUGAACGAGAGGCUCAUGAAGAAGAAACUUCAUUGUCAUAUUCUUCUUUGCAGAAAAAAAUGCAUUUGUCAUAUGAUGAGCUGUCAUUAGAUUCUGAAGAGAGGAGAACUUUCAAGCCAAAGAUGAGCUACAAAUGCAAAGAAUGUUGUCGAGUCUUUGGAUUGCUUAGUGUUUAUCAGCGACAUGUGAAUUUCCACAAGCGAGAUCCCAGCAAAAUCUUGCUCAGUUGCCCUUGCUGUCCAUGCCGCUUUACAUUCCGCUCUGCUUUGGAUCGCCAUCUUGAGCAACAGCAUAAUGAUGGCUCUGUAAAGGAUAGCACAAAAUCUCCUGAGAUUAAUUUAGUUGAUUCCACUAUUUAACAUGAGGAAGUUGACACUGAAAAGCCUGAUGCAAAUACUGAUGUUGGUAUGUUAUCUGAAUAAUUUUUUGAAUGCUGAAUGAUCCCAGACUUAAAAAUAUCUCAACAUAAGAAUGCUCAUUUGAGUUAUAGUUAUAUAUUAGUUAAAUAUUAGAUUCCCACUUUUCAAGUGGUAUACUUGCAUAGUGGUUAGGUUCUCUGAUGAAACUCCUUUUGUGUUUCACUUGUUGUACAUAAAAUAUUUUCUUUCACCAAAAUCUGUUUAACUUUUUCCCAUUUUUGAAUUCCCAUUUUUUUCUUAAUUAAAAAAGGACAUUGAAUCUGUGUGCAGACACAACCCAAUAGAGCCUUUUAUGAAGUCUUCUAAUGAGCAGAAUUUUUGAAAUUACUAAAAUACUCUAGAGAUGAAUUUUUAGAACAAAGCAACCAUUUGAACUUUCUUUGCUAAAAAAAAUCAUUCUUAAGAGCACAGUUCUGCUUUAGUUAAAAAUAUAAAUAAUAUGUUCCUUUUAGACAUACUUUCAUAACUAAUAGUCUAGGUUUGACUUUUAACCACAAAUUCCACUCAGAGUGGGUUUAUUUUAGUUAUUUUUUUGGUCAAGCUGAGUUUUUUUAUUUUUAUUAUUUUAUUAUUUUUAAUUUUUUUAUUGUAAUUGUUUUUGUACUAGUGGUGAUGCAAAAUAAAAUAUUUUGACCAUUCUCAAACAUAAGUAAAAAGAUGUUGUACAAGUCUACUUUUACAUGAUUAAAUAUGAUUGUUUUUGUUGAGGCCUUGUAAUUAUUGAAUUCUUAUUAAUGUCUCAUAACUGUAAAGUAUUGCAUGUUGCAAUACAUGAAAAUGUCUUUGACUUUGGGUAAUCUAAACAGCUGGAAGAAUGUGGUUCAAUUAAAAACACAACUAGCAAGAGGUAGGAGACAAUUUCAGUUAAUAAGCAAGGACAACACAGAUAAAGCUUUGUGAAUAAUGCCUAAUUGUUUAUGGGUAUGCAGCUUAUGUAUACGCAUAAUAUUUCAUUCAUUCAUACCAUACGAACUGUUUGAAUAAGAAAAUGUAUACUGGGAUGCACUAUUUGCUUGGAACAUUUCGUAGUGGGGAAAUUUCUGGGUAAAACUAUUGAGGUACUUGAACAUGGAUACACUGUAAAAAUGAUAUUCAAGGCACCAUUUUAGGAUCCUCAGCUGCCACACUGCCGGAACCAUCUGGAGAUUUUAAUGCGCGGUUACAUUUACCUUUGCACUGCAACAUUCCGCAGUCAAAGAAGGCGUUGGCAGAUGUUGAUCAUGUGUGAAACCAGCAAAAAAAUAAUUGCCAAGCUAUCUCUUUUUAAUACUGCUUUUUAUAGUCUGUGAGAGUGAAGUUAAAAAGAAAUUUGCCGCUAAAAUGAUAUCCAUGUCCAUUGUGAAUAUUCAGUGUAGCUAUGUAUGAAGCACCACCCACACAUAGGUCACUACCAAACCAAACAACUUUCUAUUGGUUAACCCGGCGAUUUCGCCUUUCAAAGUGCACCAAACUUGAACACCACGCAAAAACUGCAAGAGGUAAUUCUUCGUUACCGGAAGUCACAUGGAUUCCCAUUGAGAUGACCAUGCCUUUACACCCUUUUAAGAAACCUAAAAUAUCCAUGUUCUCGAGGAAUUACAAGAUAUAUUUCGAGGGUCUAAAAGCCUUCCCCUUAUGAUGGGGUUACUAAAGGAGCCGUAGACAGUUUAUAGAGUCCUUGCAGGAGUUAAGUUUCUCAGAGAACUGAAAGGGUGUUUGGCAGAAUCUCCAGAGGGUUCCGCCACUCAGGCAGAUAAGGAACCCCAAAUGGUCCCUUGAGUAUCUUUUCAUUUUAAAAGU